AAGCAGCUCGGUCCAGGAGGAGGACUGCGGUUUGUGCUUUUUUUUCCUGCGGAGAAUUAAAGGGAUUUGUGUGUUUUCUGUUUGUAUUCUCCGCUGUAUUCAGAGCUCGGAGUCCUGUGAGGACGAGAAUAAGGAAUGAACCAGAGCUUUCUCCGCUGCUUCACUAUGAAAAGUUUGUGAAAGUUUGUAAAGUCGACGACGCGCUCAGAGAAGAGAUGGAGGAACCAGAAGGUACAGACGGGUGUUACUGUGCGGGCUGUGGAGGAACAAUUCAGGACUCCUUUCAUAUUAAAGUCCUCCAGGACACCUGGCACAACGCCUGCUUUCAGUGUUCCGUGUGCUGCGAUCACCUGACCAACUGGUACUAUGAGAAGGACGGAAAGCUGUACUGCCGCAAACACUACUGGGAGAAGUUUGGGGAGCUGUGCCACGGUUGCUCUCUGCUCAUGACUGGACCUGCCAUGGUGGCUGAAGAACACAAGUAUCACCCCGAGUGUUUUGUGUGUCUGAGCUGCAAGGUGGUGAUUGAAGACCGGGAUACCUACGCCCUCGUCGAGCGAUCAAAACUCUACUGUGGGAAGUGCUACAAGCAGGUGGUCCUUACACCCAUGUUGGAAAAACGCUCACACGACUCGGUGUUGGACUCUCUCCCUCACACCGUCACGCUCAUCUCCAUGCCCUCCGCUGCCAACGGGAAGAGGGGUCUGUCCGUGUCCGUGCUGAGGGACGUCAACGGCUCAGCCAGCGUCCAAGUCAAAGAAGUCAGAGGGAUGCUUAUUAGUCCAGAGGUGAGAAAUGCCAUCCAUGUGGGGGACAGGAUCCUGGAGAUCAAUGGCCUGCCUGUGGGGACGCUCAUGGAGGAGGAGGUGGAUGACCUUAUUCACCGCACCAGCCACACGCUGCAGCUGCUCAUCGAGUACGACCCGGUCAGGCAGCGUUUGGACCGCCUCAGACUGGGAUCCCCGAGAAGCCGUCUGGGAGUCCCUGCCACCUCUCGUAUGCGUCUGUCCUCGCCGUCUGAUGCUGUCCUCGAGAGGACGGACCUGGUUGAUGAGGGCACGCUGAAGAGGAGGUCUUUGAGGCGCAGUAACAGCAUCUGUAAGUCACCGGGGCCCAAUUCUCCUAAAGAGAUGCCUCAGAUUAUGCGAGACAUCGGGCGCUCUGAAUCUCUGAGAUCCUCCAGCAGCUGCUCUCAUCGGAUUUUCCGACCCUGUGACCUCAUCCACGGAGAGAUCUUAGGGAAAGGCUUCUUCGGACAGGCUAUCAAGGUGACCCAUAAAGCCACAGGAGAGGUGAUGGUGAUGAAGGAGCUGAUCCGCUGUGAUGAGGAGACUCAGAAAACUUUCUUAAAGGAGGUGAAAGUGAUGCGAAGCCUUGAUCAUCCACACGUUCUGAGGUUCAUCGGCGUGCUCUACAAGGACAAGAGGCUCAACCUGAUCACUGAGUUUAUCGAGGGAGGCACGCUGAAGGAUUUCAUCAGAGACACGGAGCCGUUUCCAUGGGAACAAAGAGUGAGCUUUGCAAAGAGCAUCGCUUCUGGCAUGGCUUACCUUCACUCCAUGAGCAUCAUCCACAGAGACCUCAAUUCCCACAACUGCCUGGUUAAACUGGAUAACACCGUGGUUGUCGCCGACUUUGGACUGUCACGGCUCAUUGUGGAGGACAAAGUGAAGCCUCCACCAGAAAAACCGUCCAAUAAGAAGAGAGUGUUUAGACGCAUCGACAGGAAGAAGCGCUACACCGUGGUGGGAAAUCCUUACUGGAUGGCUCCAGAGAUGCUAAAUGGUAAACGCUACGAUGAGAAGGUGGACAUUUUCUCCUUUGGGAUCGUUCUUUGUGAGAUUAUUGGAAAAGUCUAUGCAGACCCAGAGUGCCUCCCCAGGACGAUGGACUAUGGCCUGAACGUGGGGAAGUUUGUGGAAAAGUUUCUCCCUGAAGACUGUCCUCCUCCUUUCUUUCCUCUCACUGUGGCGUGCUGCGACCUCACGCCAGACAACCGUCCACCUUUCCAGAAGCUGGAGGACUGGUUUGAUGCUCUGUCCUUAAACCAGGAGCUGGGGAUCCCUCUGCCAACCGAACUCGAUGAACUCCAUCAGAGUCUGAGCAGACUCAUCUGGCCUAAAGACAACUCGCCGUCUCAGAGCACAGAGGAGCCGUCGUCCCCCACAGCGACCUCUCUGGACUCCCCCUGCAUGACGGAGAACGGCUCCUAGGACCUGUUCGUCUGUGUGUCACCCUCUGAGCUGCUGCACUUACACUGUGGAUGAGAAAAGAGGAAACUUGCAUUGAACCCGAGCCAUAUUAGAACUGGAUAACGUGAUGUAGCUGCACCAGUGAGCGUUGGUGCGAGUGGACACAUUUCAAAGACUUUCCCACUCAGCACACAGGAUUGUACGUGUGUUUACUGUGUAUAAAGACGACUUUCUGUGGUCAUUUUCCCCAGCAGGAGACGAGCAACCGAUGAGGUGAGAGCAUCGAUGUGACAGCAGUUUAGUUCUUCUGGUUCUGGAGUUGUCGUUUGUUAUGUGUGGCAUGCACACAUCAGUCUUUGACAAGUAGAGCGUUCACUUCAUCGCCGCAGCAAAGCAAACAAAGACGAUGACAGUCUGGCUCAUUGGCACAUCCGGAUUAAAGAGCACCGCUGUGACUUCAGGAAGAAGCCCACGCUGACCCUGAACAGCUUCAUCUCUUUGAAUGAUGGCAGAGGAAUGUUUUUAAGCACCACUGAACUUUUUUUUGACAACAUGGUUACAAGUAUAGCUCUGUACUUUGUAGUCACAUGAUUUAAAGCCUUUUCCUUGAAUGAUGAAUAAACACUAAUGACAUUUUUCAUGUUUAUCACACUGACAUUUCCAUCAAAGUUCCUCUCAUACACCUGAUGCAGGAAAGCAAGGCUGUUAUCAAUCUUUGAGAGACAUUCACCAUGAAAAGUUGCUCUGUACAGACCUAGAUUGUUUUCUUAAGCAGUGUAUAUAGAGAUAUGUACAUAGAAAGCCUCUAAUUGGGUGUUAUUUUCUAAUGGGAUCUCUAGAUUUGUAGAUUUUCAGACAUUUCGUCAUCGUUUUUGCCUUUUUGCUGUGAUCAUGAAAGGUACUGACGACCUGUUGUAACCACUAUUAUUUAUAUCACUGUAGUGUUUCUUAAAUAAACCUUCUCAAACUUGA